AUGUCUUCUAAUGCCGAGGCCUUCCUAACGCUCAAUAGCGGCACGUCAACGCCCACAUUGCAGAUGAGCAACGGGAGCUUCAAGACAAAGGGCAUCGUGGUCUUCUCGGGCGGCAGCGCUGCGAAUCAUCUGGUUGAUGUGUUCAAGACAGUCAGAGAGGACAAAAGGUGCCCGUUGAGCUAUGUUAUUCCUAUCAGUGAUAAUGGUGGGAGCUCGUCCGAGCUAAUACGGGUCUUUGGCGGACCAGGCAUUGGCGAUGUUCGAAGUCGUCUCGUGCGUCUCAUUCCAGAUGACCCGGACAAUGACGAGAGCGAAAAAGCAGCUAUUAAAGCCUUUUUCAAUCAUCGACUAUCGAAAGAGCGCGCAGAAGCUCGCCAAGAAUGGCUUCAAAUCGUAGAAGCUGAGCAUGCCCUCUGGGCGAACAUCUCGACCCCAAAGAAAGAGCUCAUUCGAUCCAUUAUCAACCUCGUCGCUAGUGACAUUGUAAAAAGGCGUCGACCGUCGUCGAGUUUUGACUUCUCGGGAGCAAGUAUUGGGAAUUUGUUUUUGACUGGUGCCCGCCUGUUCACUGGAUCAUUCGAAUCUGCCAUCUACCUCCUCUCUAGUAUCUGCUCGGUACCAAGCCACACAUCUGUUCUACCCGCAAUCAACACCAACUUCACGCACCACAUCUCCGUUGGUCUUGCCAAUGGCGACAUUAUCACCGGUCAAAACUCCAUUUCUCAUCCCUCAGUAUCAACGGCCCUCGAGUUUGAAGGUGCACCAUCAGAAAUUGAUGAAACGGAACAGCAUGAUCGAAUCGAAGACGCGAACCUACCUGGAUCUUUACCCACCCUACGGAAACAGUAUAUCACAUUCUCCAAAGCAGAUGAAGAGGAGUUACGCGCAAGAAUCGAGAGGCUAUGGUACAUCAAUCCCUACGGCCAAGAGAUCCGUAUCGCUGCGAACCCAAUGGUCUUGAAUGCUUUGAAUGAGGCCCAAGCUGUGAUAUACAGUAUUGGCUCACUUUAUACAUCUAUUGUCCCUUCACUUAUUCUCAAAGGCGUGGGAGAAGCCAUCACCAGCCCUGCAAUCCGCUACAAGAUCCUCAUUCUGAACUCGACCAUUGAUCGCGAGACUGGACCGUCAUCUCAACCCUAUUCCGCACUAGACUUCAUCGCAGCUAUCGCAAAGGCAGGCGAGAACUCGAAAGGCGUAUUUGGGCCCACAGAUAAGAGCAAGUACAAGAGCUAUGUGACGCAUCUCAUUCAUCUGCAAGGACCAGGAACGCCGGCCGUCGAUAAGGAAGAGCUUAAGAGUGUGGGCAUCGAGGCCAUCAGAGUUUAUGGAAGGAAGAAUGAGGGCGAAAACUUUGUGAGAUAUGAUGAGAGGGGUUUGACUCAAGCACUUGAAGUCACCAUGGGCAAGGGGGAUCCGAGAAUGCCUAGUAGGCGAAAUACCCUAGAGGGUCAGGUGAGGUAG